AUUUCCGAUUUUUUUUAGCGUCGUUGUCACACGGCAUCAGACGCUCGGCGGAGGCGGUUCUCAGAUUGCUUCUGUCCAAUUUUCGCUAGUAAAUCGGAACUAUGACGGAUUACUCGCCCACGGAGAAGGAUACUGCUGUCCUGGACGUGGCCGAUACCCCUGGAAUGGCGGGAAGUGCCGCUCAGACAGUGCCUGUCGUCCCAGAGGAGGAGGGCAGUGCUGGCCAAUUUACAUUUGUUGUCCACAAGGGUGAGGGGAGUACCGCCCAAGAGUCCGUUGUCCAAGAGGGUGAGGGGAGUGCCGCCCACCAACAGUCCCUUGUCCAAGAGGGUGAGGGGAGUGCCGGCCACCAAGAGUCCCUUGUCCAAGAGGGUGAGGGGAGUGCAGCCCACCAACAGUCCCUUGUCCAAGAGGGUGAGGGGAGUGCCGCCCACCAACAGUCCCUUGUCCAAGAGGGUGAGGGGAGUGCCGCCCACCAAGAGUCCCUUGUCCAAGAGGGUGAGGGAAGUGCCGUCCACCAAGAGUCCCUUGUCCAAGAGGGUGAGGGGAGUGCCGCCCACCAACAGUCCCUUGUCCAAGAGGAGGAUGUGGAGAUGAGGCGGGGCGUUGUACAAACAGCGUUAGUUCCUGUGGAGCGGAGGAGUGUUCCCCAAACAAUACCCACUGGCUUCGAGGAGGAAUAUGACCUCGACGGUGGCUGGGGAUGGUGCAUUGUCGUUUCCGGAUUCAUCACGCUGUUUAUCCUAACAGGCAUAAGCUUAAGCCUCGCCACGCUACUGGGUGCCUACAUGGCAGAGCUGAAGGCUCCGGAGUCGCUCGGAAUAUGGAUCUUCAACGUGCAGAGCGCCGUGUGGUGCUUCGCAGGUGCGUCAGAGAAUAAGGGGCGCCGUGAGGAACUUGUGGAAUUAGGGGCCAGAGGGACUGGGGCUGUGCUGGAGGAGAGACGGGUUUAG